AUGGCUACGCUAAUUCCACCGCCCUCGAAGAAACAGAAGAAGGAAGCCCAGCUUCCUCGGGAGGUCGACAUUGUUCCCAAGGAUUUGCCUGAUGUGCUGAUCAAGUUCCAGGCGUCGGACUCAGGCGACACCGUGGGAAGCUCUAUCAGAGUGCCUGGAGGAAUCACAGAAAGACAGCUCGAAGAAUUACUGAACCAACUCCAGAACAACACGGAUGAACCAGUCGCAUACUCGUUUGCCAUCCAGAAUGGAGACAAUCUCAUAGACGUGAAAGAUAACAUAUACUUCUCAGUGCUCAAGCCGGGAAUCAAAACCACAGAGGACACCCUUACACUGGUUUUCACUCCCAGGGCCAUCUUCAAAGUGCGUCCCGUGACGAGGUCUUCGGGGACCAUCAGUGGACACGGGGCCACAAUUCUGGCCGCUCAGUUCCCACCAAGCACCAGCGGCUACUUCGUGACCGGUGCGGGCGACUCCACCGCCAGACUUUGGGACUGCCACACGCAAACAAUCAAGGCCACUAUGAAUGGCCAUUCAAACUGGGUUCUUUGUGUUGCGUACUCUCCAUUUGGAGACGUUGUUGCUACUGGAUCGAUGGAUGGCAGUGUGCGGCUCUGGGAUGGCAAGACUGGCGCCCCAAUUGGAUCUUCGCUUACUGGCCACUCAAAAUUUGUGUCUUCCCUAGCCUGGGAGCCAGCACAUUUGGUUCAACCAGGAGACAGCCCGCGGCUUGUUUCUGCCUCCAAAGACGGGACAUUGAAAGUAUGGAACACGGCUUUGAAACGUUGCGAGAUGACGCUUUCUGGCCACUCGUCGUCGGUCUCGUGUGUCAAAUGGGGUGGCACCAAUCUCAUAUAUUCUGGAUCUCACGAUAAAACUAUCAAAGUUUGGGACGCCAAGGAGGGCAAAUGUAUUCAGACUCUUAAGGCACAUGGACAUUGGAUCAACCACAUAGCACUCUCCACAGACUUUGCCCUUAGAAGCGGUCCAUUUGACCAUACCGGAACCACGCCAAAAGACGACGCAGAAAGACAGGCCAGGGCCCUGAAAAACUACGAAAAAGUGGCCAAGGUCGGCGGGAAAAUUGUCGAGAGAAUGGUGUCGGCCAGUGACGAUUUUACCAUGUUCCUUUGGGAGCCGGCAAGGUCCAACAAGCCGAUCUGUCGCAUGACUGGCCACCAAAAAUUGGUCAACCAUGUCUCGUUCUCGCCAGACGGCCGCUACAUCACGUCUGCCUCGUUUGACAACUCAAUCAAGCUGUGGGACGGGCGCGACGGAAAGUUUCUGGCCACUUUCCGCGGCCAUGUGGCUGCCGUCUACCAAACAGCGUGGUCCUCUGAUAAUAGACUACUGGUGAGUUGCUCCAAGGACACCACCCUCAAGGUCUGGGAUGUGCGCACCAGAAAAUUGCUUUCGGAUUUGCCCGGCCACGCGGAUGAGGUUUACGCGGUUGAUUGGAGUUUAGACGGCGCCAGGGUGGUGAGUGGUGGCAAGGAUAAAAUGGUGCGUAUUUGGACUCACUGA